AACACCGGGAGAGACACUGCGGAGAACCAAGUUACGCACAUCUUCAACUGGACUUUAUGCAACGUUUACAAUUAUGGACUUUUUCUAUUUCGCACUUGUUGCGCAACAGAGCUUACGGAUCCUUUGAAUUGGUCAUUUUCUAUCUUUUUUUUCUUUGGCAUACAGAAAUAACAAUUUGCGCAUUUGGCGGUGAAUCCUGCACUUACUUUGGUAUGGAGGUACUGCAGAGGCAAGAUGAGUUCUGAUACAGAUCAAGCCGUGAACUUCUUGAGUAAUGCUUCCUCCGAACUGCCCGACGUCUCCAAUUCGAGCUCCGCCGGUAACGGGACCGAACCGAGCUCGUUCAGCCUCAGCCGCGCGCUUCCACUGGGCAUGGUUCUGGGCGCUUUUAUUGUGUUUGCUAUCGUGGGCAACAUUCUUGUUAUUCUCUCCGUAGUGUGCAACAGGCACCUGCGCAUCCCAACCAACUACUUCAUCAUCAAUUUGGCCAUGGCAGACCUGUUGCUGAGCACAACUGUCUUGCCGGUGUCCGCCACGCGUGAAAUUCUCAACUACUGGGUGUUCGGGAGGAUUUUCUGUGACAUCUGGGCUGCGGUGGAUGUGCUGUGCUGCACCGCGUCCAUCAUGAGCCUGUGCGUGAUCUCCAUAGACCGCUACAUCGGGGUGCGUUACCCGCUGCAGUACCCGAGCAUUGUGACCGAAAAAAGGGCGCUCUUGGCUAUGCUGGGUGUUUGGGUUCUUGCCUUUGUCAUCUCCAUAGGACCCCUGCUCGGGUGGAAAGAGCCUCCUUCAGAGGAUGACACCGUGUGCCUCAUCACAGAGGAGCCGUUUUACGCGCUCUUUUCCUCGCUGGGCUCCUUCUACAUCCCGUUGGCGGUGAUUCUGGCCAUGUACUGCCGCGUGUAUAUAGUAGCCAAAAGAACCACUAAAAACCUCGAGGCUGGAGUGAUGAAGGAGCACAUGGACUCCAACGAGCUGACGCUCCGGAUUCAUUAUAAAGGCUCUCAGACGCAGGAUGACUGCAGCAAAGGCCACAUGAGGAGCUCGCUGACAGUCAAAUUACUCAAGUUUUCUAGAGAAAAGAAAGCUGCUAAAACGCUUGGUGUUGUUGUGGGCAUGUUUAUCCUGUGCUGGUUACCAUUUUUCCUCGCAUUACCCAUCGGGUCGUUUAACACCAGUUUACGUCCUCCUGAAACAUUCUUCAAGGUGAUCUUCUGGCUGGGCUACUUCAACAGCUGCCUGAACCCCAUUAUUUACCCCUGUUACAGCCGUGAGUUCAAGCAGGCCUUCAUUCGGAUCUUACGGUGCCAGUGUCAGCAGAGGAAACAACAGGGCUGGAGGGCAUACAACUACCGUGUCCAGACGGGCUCGGCCAGCCAGGUCUACACAGACACCAGCUCCAUUUGCAUGAACGGCAGUCAGCAGACCCUGGCCCCGAUGCAACCCAGCCCAACGUUAUUCAGCUCUCGUCCGGCAUCAGGCCUUCUUCCAGGCUGGGGCCCUUGUACCUCCUCUUCCUCUUCCUCCCUAUCCGGGAGCCCUUUUCCUGGUACGAUGAGAUCCAGCUCUAGGGCGACGAGUCCUUGCAAAACUAACAGGAUGGCUUUGCUGUUCUCCAGUGGGUCCCAGAAUGCCAAUGGACAGAAUGGAAAGCGAGAGACAGAGCAUGGGCUGGUAUCUAGACACACGCCUGAGACUACAAUCUAGAUUGAUGUUGAUAGUGACUUUCUUGCCAGUCAUUUCUCUGUCUCUCAGUUCUUUCUGGAUGGAUCUGAUACAGUAUUGUAGACGUGAAAUACAUUGGGCAUCUUCUCAUGCAUGUCAACAUUGUUUAAUUUGAUAGUCGCAGUUGCUAUGUAAGAAAUAAUGUACAGUCAAAUGGUAAUUAUCGCAAAAUAAACCCCCGACCAGGUGAUUAGAACACAGAUGCAAACAAGUAAGUAAAUAAAUGGACAUGAAAUAUUGAUUUGAGUUGAUAUUAUUGUAUCUGCAUAUUCCCUUAAAGCUCCCACUAAGAAAAAAAAUAGUCCAUUGCUAUAUACAAAUCAACAGACAUAGCAAAAAGUCAAACACUGCAACAAUAGAGUAAUAUUUUUAACACUAUUUUUAACCUUCACUGCAGUUGACAACUAAGAUGCACGAUGGCGGCGGUUGCGUAUGUGUAAAUCGAGAGAGAACGAGUCUGGGACAUGAAAAUAGUGCCGGUUUCAUGUUAAGAAGUUUGUCUGAAUAAGUGCAACUGUUCCCACUGCCUUGGUUCCAGAAGUAUGUUUACUUCUUUUUUCCCAUAGAGAAUUUUAAAAAGCUAUAAGCGUAAACCAAACAAACCAGCUACGAGAUGAAUCACAAUAUUACAAACUUUGAUUUAAAGCAAAAACAUAUUUGUAAAUUGUACAAGACUCUGUAUUUUAAUGGCUUCAGUGAGGGAAACAAUCCCAUGAAGUAUUGGGAAACA